AUGAAAGGACGUAGAAUGCAAAGGUCUGCCGAAGUUUACCGUUUCUUGCGGCCCGUUCUUCGACAUGACGUCCGAUCACAAUUGAUUCCUUCGUAUACUCGCUGCUUCUCAGCCUGCGCCAGACUUGCUUCAAAGAAGCCUGUCAAGGACUCUCCGACUGGCGAUUAUGAGAAGCGCAUUGUCCAAUUGCAAGCGAACACUUCCUUGCAAGACUGCUGGCCGCGUCUUGCUCAACGCCCCGAUGUCGCUAGAAUAUCCGUGAACGAUUUGAGAAAGAGCAGUGCAACUUUAGAUAACGGUGCCACCAAGCUCGACGAUAAGUUUGUCGUCUCCGGCAGAGUCCGCUCUGUGCGCACUGCCGGCUCCAAGCUGGUCUUCAUCGACAUAGAACAAGAUGAUCGUGUCGCCCAAGCCAUCUGUAAUUUCUCCCACCUCGAUCAGAACGGUGUGCCUCGUGAGCAGUUCAAUGCCUUCAAGCGCGUCGUUCGUCGGGGAGAUUGGUACACCUUUGUUGGUCAUCCACACAAGGCUCAAGGUGGAGAAGAGAGUAUUCUUGCGACAGAGCUUCCUCAGCUCAUGUCGCCUUCGCUCCAUCAAAUCCCUGCUCAACUUGAUGACGCUGAAACACGCGCCCGUAGGCCUCAUGUUGACAUGUUGGUUCAUCGCCAGGCUGUACAGACGCUCAGGAUUAGGUCUGCUAUCGAACGUGGCAUUUCUACCUUCUUUGAUAACCAAGGCUAUUCCAAGGUCAGCACGCCCCUGCUGACUGCAGGUGCAGGAGGCGCUGUCGCCAGGCCCUUCGAGACUGUUGCUACUGAGAUGCAAGAUACUACACUCAACCUUCGCAUUGCUCCGGAACUAUGGCUGAAGCGAUUGGUUGUUGGUGGCUUGGGUAAGGUCUACGAAAUUGGACCAGCCUUUCGCAACGAGGGCGUCGAUGCAACUCACAACCCCGAGUUCACCAUCUGCGAGUCUUAUAUGCCGUUUGCCGACCUUGAUCAUCUCAUGAAAAUGACGGAAGAUCUGUUGGCUGGCUUGCAUGAAGAACUGCGUAAGCUGGGUGAAGAGAAUUUCAAACAUCUCUCCGAUACGGCUGUCAACUUUGACUCGGAUGCAACCCACCUUUUCCAAGGCCCGUUCCCACGCCUUCCCUUCAUCCCUACCGUCGAGAAAGAGAUGGGCAGAAAAUUGCCUGACCUGAACGACGCCAAUGCGACACAACAGAUACUCGACCUCUUCACUGAGCUCAACAUCCCCAUCCCGGCCAGACCCACGCUCCCACGCCUCUUAGAUGCUCUGGCAGGACACUACAUUGAACCACUCUGUACCGACCCGACGUUCAUAACAGAACACCCUGCCGUUAUGUCGCCUCUCUCCAAGUCUUUUACCUGCCCUAAGACCUCUCAGCUCAUCUCUGCCCGUGCCGAACUCUUCAUCCGCGGCAACGAAUAUGCAAACAUGUACGAAGAGGAGAAUUCGCCGUUCGCGCAGCGUGAGAAGUUCGUGGAGCAACUCAAAUACCGCGAAGUCGACGGCGAAGGCGAUGGCAGGGCUGAAGUCGACGAGAGCUACCUUGAGGCACUAGAGUGGGGACUGCCCCCUACUGGUGGUUGGGGCAUGGGCAUUGAUCGUCUGGUCAUGCUCUUCACUGGUCAGAAACGCAUCGGAGAUGUCUUGCCCUUUGGUACUUUGAGGAAUGUUGUCGGUCUCGCUACCCGGCAGACUUGA